GGUAAUUCAACAUAAAGCAGCUUGCUUCCAAAUUCCAACUCCGUCUUUGUGUCUCGACUGCCGGUGGUUCAUUUCUUUCGCCGUGGGAAGCCUUCGAUCCCUAAUUCUCACUUUUCCAAGCCGUCAAGCCCUAGUGUUCUGCGGGUCCAUGCCCCUUUGUUUCCUGUCCUCUCUUGCCGUUCGUCGAUCGCAAUCCACAAUCCGAAUAUUUUUGGUUCAAACGUCCUUCUGCUCUCUAUCUCAUUUCUUUAGGGACUGAGGUUAUUCAACCAUGCCAACAGUUAGUGUGAAGUGGCAAAAGGAACUGUUUCGAGCCAUUGAAAUUGAUACAAGCCAGUCCCCUUAUGUUUUCAAAUGCCAGUUGUAUGAUCUAACAGGAGUACCACCAGAAAGGCAGAAAAUUAUGGUUAAAGGUGGUUUAUUGAAGGAUGAUGCGGAUUGGUCAACAUUAGGUGUUAAAGAGGGUCAAAAAUUGAUGAUGAUGGGAACAGCAGAUGAGAUUGUGAAGGCACCAGAGAAGGGGCCUGUUUUCAUGGAGGAUCUUCCAGAAGAAGAACAAGUGGUUGCUGUGGGUCAUACGGCUGGUCUAUUUAAUCUGGGAAAUACCUGCUACAUGAACUCGACAGUGCAAUGUCUGCAUUCAGUUCCAGAGUUGAAGUCUGCUUUGAUCAAGUAUCCAUAUCCUGGAAGAAGCAAUGAGUUGGACCAAUCGUCUCAUCUCUUAACUUGUGCAACCCGAGAUUUAUUUAAUGAGCUCGAUAGAAAUGUCAAGCCUGUGGCACCAAUGCAGUUUUGGAUGGUAUUGCGGAAAAAAUACCCUCAAUUUGGGCAGCUGCAUAAUGGUACUUUCAUGCAACAGGAUGCUGAAGAAUGUUGGACCCAACUUUUAUACAACCUUUCUCAGUCUCUUAAAUCACCAGUUUCCAGUGAAAAUCUUGAUAUUGUAAAAGCACUGUUUGGUAUCGAACUCAUCAGCAGGGUACAUUGUGCAGAAAGUGGUGAAGAAAGCUCAGAGUCAGAAUCAAUUUAUGCACUUAAAUGCCACAUAUCGCAAGAGGUGAACCAUUUACAUGAGGGACUAAAGCAUGGUCUAAAAUCAGAAUUGGAAAAGGCUUCUCCUUCCUUAGGCCGUAGUGCAAUAUACUUGAAAGAGUCACGCAUCAAUGAUUUGCCAAGAUACUUGACUAUUCAGUUUGUCCGCUUUUUUUGGAAGAGGGAGUCAAAUCAGAAGGCCAAGAUUUUGCGGAAAGUAGAUUAUCCACUGGAAUUGGAUGUUUAUGAUCUUUGUUCAGAUGAUCUUCGCAAAAAAUUGGAAGCUCCUCGCCAGAUGCUAAGGGAUGAGGAAGGUAAAAAACUUGGAUUGAAAACAAAGCAGAAGAGCUCUAGUUCAAGAAAUGAUGAUGUCAAGAUGCCUGACGUGGAGGGACCAUCAAAUGGAGGUGGAGAACCAUCAACUGACACAUUGCAGGAAGGCAACAAGGAAAUGCACCUGACUGGAAUUUAUGAUUUGGUUGCUGUGCUGACACAUAAAGGAAGGAGUGCUGAUUCAGGGCAUUAUGUUGCUUGGGUGAAGCAAGAAAGUGGAAAAUGGAUAGAGUAUGAUGACGAUAAUCCAAUCCCACAGCGUGAGGAUGACAUCACUAAGCUGUCUGGAGGAGGGGAUUGGCAUAUGGCGUACAUCUGCAUGUACAAGGCCCGGGUUGUUUCUUUGUAAUAUUUAUUUCGUACCGUAAUUCUUUUUAUCCAAACCAUCUGUGAAUGACCACACACAGGGACUCACAUAGUCGAUCAGGCAUUUUAUGAAAUGAGGUCUGUUGCUCUUACGCUGGCUGCUUUUGAAUUAACAUUGUGUUGUAAGGUUUUCUUUCAACUUCAUUUGAUUCUCAUCUUUCUUUUGAACGGAACCCAUGUGGAGUGUAAAAAGAUAGAUACCUUUUGCUUGUCA